AUGAGAAAACUUCUCUUCUCCUUCUUGGUUCCCCUUGCUGUCCAGAUAGUUUCAGCCCAAACAAAUCCCCUAAUUCUAACGCCUCUCAUAAAACAAGGAAAACUUAAAGCUGCAAGAGAAGCUGCAAAAGUAGAAUUGAAAGAUUUCCAGGGGGUCAACAGCUAUACUGGAUACCUUACCGUAGACGAAAAAACCAAUGCAAACUUGUUCUUCUGGUUCAUCCCUUCCACUAAUAAUUAUACCAAAGAUCCAGUUCUGCUUUGGUUGCAAGGAGGACCAGGAUCCUCCAGUUUAUUUGGUCUUUUUAAAGAAAAUGGCCCUUUCAUUGUUGAAAAUGAUACUGUGUCUCUGCGUAAUUAUUCUUGGACCAAAUUCUGUUCAGUACUCUACAUCGAUCAACCUGUUGGUACAGGGUUUAGCUUUACGGAUGGCGAUUAUCUAACAAAUCAAACUCAAGUAGGAGAUCAUUUGUAUACCGCUCUCAUACAAUUCUUUACUUUAUUCUCGGAGCUACAAAAACUUGCAUUUUACGUCAGUGGAGAAUCUUAUGCAGGCAAAUAUGUACCUGCCAUUAGCUACACUAUCCUCCAAAGAAACCCUACUGCUGAUUUGCGAAUCAACUUGAAAGGGCUGGCUAUGGGAAGCAUAUUUACCGAUCCAAUUAAUCAGGUGGAUUACGGUCCCCUUCUGUAUCAAACGGGUCUGAUUGAUAGGAAAACUUUAAACAAAUAUAGUGCCAGAACCAGAAAAAUUAUCCGUUAUAUCAAUCAAGAGAAAUAUUACGAAGCUACAAAUGCCACGAAUGAAAUAUUUUCUUGGUAUUUUAAUGACACUGGUUUGAAUAAUCCCUACAACUAUCUUAAAGAUGAAGAUGAUAUCAACAAUGAUGAGGAUUGGGCUGAUUUCAUUACUGAAGAUCGCGUGAGAAAGGCCUUGCAUGUGGGAGCAGCGAACUAUUCCACUUUAAACAACGAUGUUUACAAUGCCUUUUUAGCUGACAUGUCUGAAAGUAUUGCCCCGUGGCUCAUUGAGCUUCUGAACAACUACAAAGUAUUAAUAUACCAUGGGCAACAAGAUUUUAUAUGUGCUUACAUACUGACAGUUAACUUUUUAGAAAAGCUAAAGUUUAGUGCCGCAGCUGAAUAUUUAUCAGCUGAUAGAAAAAUAUUGCGUGGUGAUGAUGAUAUAGUGACUGGUUAUAAAAAAAUCGCUGGAAACUUAACAGAGAUCUUAGUUAGAAAUUCGGGACAUUAUGUUCCGAUUGAUAAACCUAAGGAAGCUUUUGGAAUGAUUAAAGAGUUUAUUAACAAUAAUUGA